UGACCUCUGACCGCUAGACCAUUUAGUCUUCGGAAUCCGGGAGGCGGGAAUCCGGGUUGUUUUCACGGUUUUCCUGAACGAUCUUUAGACAGACAUUCCCGCCAACAUUCCAGGCUGACAAGUUCAUAGUUUCCGCCGUACUUUUAAUCAAUUUUGGCGUUAAUUUGAUCAGUAAUUUGGCGGGAUGCCCGUCCACUAUCACCUGCAUCACCUGCUGGAGGCGUUCCCGCUCAUUCUGCUGAUCCUGCUGGUGUUGGGAGGUGUGUUGUACUUCGUCUACAGUCGGGAACCAUCAGGGGAGAACAACAGCAAACACGUCUAAACUGCAACUGUGGUAGAUACGUGGUGCUCACUUGGUUUUUACUACUACUAGUAGUUAAACUCUAUCAGUAGAGCUGCACUAGUACCCUCUCUCCUUGAAGCCUAUCCCGGAUUUCCACCCCUGCUUCAAGAGUUGUAACUCACAAGAGCCAUAGAAUGGACGACAAGCCCUCUCCUGGCCUGGACCUGCGUCACGGAUUUGUGCACAAAAUCAGGAAACAGCUGGUCAAGAGAGACCAAUCAGAGAAGGACUUUGAGACAGAAAAGAUGGAGGUAGCCAAGAGGCAGCUGGCCGGGAUGAAGAAGCCGACAGUCAGGAGGCCCACACAAGUGACCUACUGCCCCCCUGCCAGGAGAGAGAGAAGCAACAGUACCAGUAGUGCAGUCAGUACAUCACCCAACCCUUCAUCAACCAGUGCCAGUGGGGAUUCUGAUGUUCUCACAGCUACUGCAGUGGCCAGAGAACCAGCAACUCAGUACUCAACAAAUGGGACCACAACUGUGAAUACACCACCAACCCAGAUAUCCCCCCCAGCAAGUAACAAACAGGACAACAUGGCAGGUAGAGGUCAGGGGUGGGGAGUGCCAGCAGCAGAAUCAGUGACAGUGGAUAACAACAACUAUGACAUCAGUGGUUUUGGAGAGGAAGCCCAGUGGUAUAUAAGACAGGCUCUUCAAGACCCCACCUCCCUGAGAAAACAGGACCUGUGCCAGGUGUUUAAUGUGUUGAUGUGGAGAGCCAUGGAGGAGCCGGACUAUGCCAGGACAGGGGCUGAGCUGUGCCAUGCCAUCAUUCAGGUUGAAGUAGAGAAGGAGCAGUAUGACUGUGUGCCCACCCGAGUGUUCCAGUCCCACCUGCGACUGAAGCUGUUAGAACAGGAGAUGGAGGCUGAGACUCUCCAUGAACAGUCUGUGUCGGCCUGGGUGGGCUUUGUCAGGUUCCUCUGCCUCUGCUAUCAUGUCAUCAGGGUAAAGGGUUCCCCCCUGAUGACCAUGGUAGACUCUGUGUUUAACUGCCUGUCACUGCUAGCCUUACCUGGGCCACUCAAGAAUGAGAUGCAGGUGGACUGUCUGUACAAUCUGCUGGUUCAGAUGGGACCCAGUCUGGAUCAGACAGUACAGGAUAAGAUGGAGGACCUGUUUUCCCUCCUGCGUGACCGGUUCCUGAGCUUUAAGACUCCGCCUCUAGCCCGGCACAGACUCCUGCAGCUGAUCGAGCUGCGGUCGGGUGGCUGGGAGAUGGAGCCUGGGAUACAGGACUACUACAGCAGGGCUGGCAAGGAGCUGAGGGGAUGAUGGCAGUAAUAGACACUGAUAUGGAGGACACAACAAAGGCUGACUGGUUGUUGCAUCGUGGUACCUUCCAUCUUCUGCUGACACUGACAAUUUCCCAGCAAUUCACAUGAUUUUGUAAAGUGUAGGAAAUUGUGCCAUAUUAAAAUUGAGUGUCAGGUUUUCUUGAUCUUUUCUUACAUACAAAAUAUACCGGUGACAUUUUUGGUAUAUCCAAAUUGUAACUUCUUUGACUGCAUUCAUUCAGUGUAUAAGAGCAAAGCCUCACUACAUAAUAACAUGAUUACCUUGCAAUGAUGUCAUCUUACAAUGGCAAAGAAAUAAUGUUUAACUGUGACUAAUGUUUUAAUCAGAAUUGGGACAGUAGCUAACAGUGAUCAAAAUAUCUAUAAUCGUAAUGUCAAGGUGACAAUCACACAUUACAGUUUAACAUUUUGCUGACAAAAAGUUCCAUGACAAUCAGUUUUUGUAUAUUUCAACUUUUCUGUUGGUCACAUUCCAAUUGAUGACUGAAAGU